UUUCUGUCUAAAUUUCUGUCAUUCUUUCAAAAUGUGUAAAAAAUUAUAGAAAAAUUAAAACACAUAAUAUUAUUAAGGUUGUUAAAAUCAUUUUGUGGAGAUAUAUUUCAAGUGAAACGUAUAAGCUCUCUCAUUAGGAGAGACAGGAAGUAAAAGAUUAUGGAUCAGACUCUUGAGGGUUACAAUGUACGCGGAUAUGACCCAUCAGUGGUUCGACAGACGUCAAUGGGAACGCUUAUUAUGUGGAAUAUUUCUAAAGUAGUGAAAAAGAAUCCUCUUCUAGACUUACAGUCUGCUAUUCGGGCUACUCAGGAGCGGCUUUGCAGCAACGCCAGAGGAUCAAAUGUAAACGUAUCUCAGGAACCCGAAGAUCAGUACCUUAUGUGUGCGAUCCUAGCUUGGCAACAGCUCGGCCAUAACGGAACCGACAGUCUAUAUUCAUUUAUUGAAUCUAAAAGAAAAGAUAUUGAGUUGGUUGACAAACCAAAACUAGAAGAUGAAGAAAAUGCUUUGGCAAAUAAAAUUAAUAAACGUCUCAGCCCAGGCAGUUUUAUCAGUUACAAUAGCCCUAGCAUCAGCAAUAAUGAUUCUACCUACCAUGACGCUGUAGGUCCUGUACUAAAAUUGCCAGUGGAAACUAAAAUUAUCAUGCGCAUGGAUACUUGCAAUCACUGUGCGCCUAAACCCAAGAAAAAACCAGAACAACCUUUAAUGGAUAAAAUUGAUGCGAUUUGUUGUAUGGACUCAGCGUGUUUAGAACGAUUGUCGAAGCUUGACAAGGAGACGGCAGAACUGCGCACACGAGCUCAACGGCUAGCACGCAGGGAAGCUCAGCGCGUAGAACUUCUUGAAAGAGCUGAGGCGGCUUGGAAAGACUUAGAAAUGGGCUAUCAGAGGCGACUCGCAAGUGCUGAAGAAAAGGAGGAAGAUAUGACUAAACAUAUCCAGAAAAUGAUACAAGAGCGUAAUGGCUUUAAAACUGCGUGCAUGACUUUAGCCAAACAAUUGAAAGGAAUGGGUGAUGCCGCAGAGAAAGAGCGGGAGCUUCUUACUAACCUUGAGAAGGAAAUUUGUGAUAGCGCUUGUGAGCGACUGAGACUCAGCGAAGAAGCUGCACGUGUCGACGCUCAACUUGCCGAGUUGCAGUGUAAGAGCGCACAGCUUGACAGGGAUCUUCAGUUUAAGGAGGAACAGGUCCGUGGUAGACUGCAAACCAUGGAGAAUGAAGUAGACUUUGCUCGUGCUUUGACCUAUGAGGCAGAGCGCACCAUACAUGCUGAACUCGGCGCUCUGCGGGAUCAGAUCACCACUGUAUCUACACGACUCCUUGAAGAAGACGAGCGUAAUGGUCUUAUAAAGGAAGAGCUGGAACAACUAAGACGAGAAAAAAUGGAAAUAAUAGAAGACCUGGAAGGGUGUCAGGCUCUGUGCAAUAAGGGUACGCAAAACAAGAUGGACGAGUUAAACAAGAAGAGAGAGCAGUUGCGCGAGCUCAAGGAAAAGGUUAUGGAGUGUCAGUGCAAGUUGCCGGUGGAUGCAGAAGUCGAAGUAAAGCGGACUCCGUCAUUGGUCGCAUUAUGCAAGUGUAUGCCGGAAGAAAAAUUCUCGGAAUCUUGUUCAUGUUCUUCGCUUCGUACCACUCUUUUAACAAACUUACUGUCGGAUCUAUUCGGAGGGUUGCAGUCUGAGCUCGGUGGAUGCUGUGCUCAGAUGCCGUGCCAGCUGCUGAAAUGUCUAGAGGAUAAACAUAACUGGGACAAAGCCAGCGUCAUAAAGACCAACCUCCAAAACUAUUUUUCAAAGCUUCUAGUUGGAGAGUUGGAUAUUGCGAUAGCCACCUCAAUAGAGAAAUACCACGCCAAGUGGGUAGGCGCAUCAUGUGCUGACACAUUGCGACAAGUAGCAAAUCGCUGCAGAGCUGACGUCGACAGCAAUCCCGACCGUGUGAUUGAGAAACGAGCCCAGAAGCUGGCUGAGAAACUUGGCGACCAGAUAUUGAAGGAGCGCGCAGAUCUGCUGACAGCCAAGGCUAAGGAGGUGAUGAAGGCGGGUCCACCGCCAUGCGAAUGCAGCAACCGUUCCGGUUCCGGGAACCCGACGGCUGUGUACCCAUGCUUUGUAAAGCAACCGACUAUCGGGGGUGCCCAAUCGAAUGCUAGCGGAACAUCAACACCGGCGUACUGGCGUCGUACGCACCACAAUGUCGCGCAGCUCAGGUCGCAAUUGGAAGAUCUCAAAAAGGUCUCUAUAAAAAAAGAAGACUUGAAAAUUAUGGAGGACAAGAUUGUUAAGAUGGUUCAGCGUUCCAUUCCAGAGCCCCAAACGGAGGAUAACUGUAUAAAAGAAGUUCAAAAGACAAGUUUAAUCAAGAAUCAUAAUAUUUCUAGAGCUUCAUAUACUGAUCAAGUUACCAAACGAUCACCAGCAACGAAACUCAAUUGUUUAAAGAAUAAACAGUCAGAUUUGAUGUAUCCAAAACAAGCAAAGAAAAAUAUGUUACUAGGUAUACAGUUGGGUAAGCCUGUUAAGCCUUUGAAAAAGCUAGGGCAAUCAUAUGCAGUAAAUUUAUGUCUGUGUGGGACCCAAAAAGAAACUAAAAGAAAUUUCAGACCCGAAUUUAAAGGCAUAGAUAAUAUGAAAGAUCAUGAAUCAGCAAAACCCUUCAAAGGCUUAGUGAUCAAUGACAUUCUUCCGCAAUCAUCAAACAUAAAGCAAGCAAAACCAAUAGUAAAGAACAUGCAAUCUGAAGCUGUAAAUAACGAGGAAAAAGUCAAAAUAGAUCAUUCAUACUGCCGCAGCGACAUUGCUUGCUUUCAUAAACUGCCAUCAAACACUUCUGUAGAUAACCUUCUUAAUACCUUAGCUAGGUGGAAAUGUGAUUUGUUUAAGAUAAAUAGCAAAACUGACAAUCACAAAGCAACAAUGAGUUCAAUUGAUGAAAAAUGUAUAUAUGAGGAGAUUAUCAACAAUGUUUCCAAAGAAAAAUCAAAACAAGAUAAUAGUACCAUGAUAAUUAAAAAUAUAUCGGUUAAAACUUUAGUUAACCAAUGCAAUCCAACAUAUCCGCAACAGUUAGUACAAAAGGUUUCUAGGGCCGUUGAUUUGCAGAGUGAUUUGCCAAUGAACACUAAUUCAGAAUAUAUAGGUGCUGUCAACCUAGAAAAGAGUAAUGAAAAUUUCUGCAAAUGUGUUAUUGAUACAGAAAACACACCAGAGUUUCCAUACGAAUGUACAAAAUUCGCAAAGUGUGACUGUGAAAAUGAGAAAUGUACUAAUAAGCUUUCAUCAAAAGAUUUUACAGAAAAUAUUAUUCUUCUGCCAGAAAACAAGCUACUAAGUUUAACCACGAAACCAAAAAUGCACAUGGAUGAAAUAAACUCAAAAUCUAAAAGUAACAAUGUAGACUUUAUAAACCCCAAAGAAAAUGUAAUUGAUGAGGAUUUGAAUCCUAUUUCAAACCCAUCAACACUCCUUACAGGUGAUUCUGAAUAUUGUAUAACCUUUUUGGGAGUUACAUUAACUAAUAAUAAAUCUAGAAAAGAUGUUGUUGGUAAAGAAAGUACCUGCUUUAAUAUUUAUCAUACGCCAGCUUUAAAGCAUGAUACCGCAGAUAAAAAACUACGCAAUGUAGAUAAACCAGUAACUAAUUUCUGUGAUGAAUUCCAUAAUAAGUUUGAUAAAGCUUUGAGCUCCCAACAAACUCAAAUGGGCUCUUGUGAAUGUAGUAUCAAAUAUGAGGAAUUGAAAAGUUUUGUUGAUAAUGCAUUAAGUAAACAACGUGGAGAUUAUUGCAAAAAUGAAGAUAAAGCUUUAGAUACGAAUAGUUUAAGAAACUCUAAACCAGAAAGUUGCAUAUGUUGUAAAAGAGAUGAAUCGAAGGAUUUAGAAGUCAACACUUUUCAUUUGUUAGAAGAGCAUCUGAGAGACAAGCUAGAUGAAUUUAAAAGUACCACAUGUGAAUCCGAAUGUAUAUCUUCUUCAGAUCAAGACAAGUUAUUUGCCACUAUUCUGCAACGCGUGAAACAAGUAAUUUCUGACAGUACCCUAAAUAUAGCUUGUAAAUGUGUUAGUGGAGGCCCGACUGGAGGAAGUUGGCAUAGGGCGUACGUAUUAUUACAAGAAUAUUUAAAAUUGAAAAUUAAGAAAGUGCAAUGCUUAUGUCAAACACCUGAAGAUAAUAAACAUAUUGAAGUUUUGGAAAGGGUUUGCAAUUUAAUAGAAAAUGAUUUUGAACGUUUAAAGGACAUAUGCAAAUGUAAAUCUAAUAGAAAAAGAUCACGAAAAAGUUCUAAGGAAAUGCCUCAAGUUGAAGUACCUGAAAAAGACACCAAUGGUGAUCUUUUUUAUCUUAAUAAAUGUUAUGAUAAGGGAACUUCAAAUAAAUCUAUGAUGCCAUAUCGAACCACUGAAUCGCAAGUAUCGUCUAAUUUAGGAAUGCAUACAAGAUCUUGUAUUACUAAUAAACAAAUUCUUGAAGAUCGUUAUACCAUUUCCUGCUCUGAUUCCAAUUUUCAAAAAUCCUCUGGUAGUAACAAAGAUAUGGAUGAGUCGCACAUUGAAUUUGAAAUUAAAGAAAAUGUCAAUGAUCCAUGUAAAAAGAAAUCUUACCAAACUCUAUAUCAUAGUCACUUUCCUGCAAACGCAUACAGACCAAUACAAACAGAAAGAUCCGAUAAGAAAGAAAAUUUGGAUUACAGUGUAUUUUUUUGUAACACACAUGUACCAUAUAUUGGUUAUACUGUAGAUUGUUCGUGUAAUAGAACUUUUGGUCCAUGUUCUUGUUCAAAGGCAAUCGUGUUGAAGAAUACCGAUAAUAUAAAAAAUAUUUGGACUACGUUAACAAGUAAAUCAUACCAGCAUAAGGACAACUCUUAUAUUAUGAAUGCUGUACCCAAACAUUCAAAGGAAAUAGAUGGGAUAGAGCUAAUAAACACAAACGACUUUAAAAAAAUACCUGAAAAGGAAUUGUGUGAUGAAAAAAUAAGUGUACAUCACAAUGAAGAAAUAACAUUAAAGGUUUCUAAAGGCAAUUUAUCGAAAACGUAUAUACCUAAUACAACAACCUCUAAAUCUGUUGACAAUGUAAGCCUCGGAACUGAUUGGAGUGAUUGUAUUAGUACAAAGACUAAGUCUCAAAGAGCAACUGAUAUUAGUGCUAUGAUAUCCGACUCACUUUAUCACCCUAUUCAUAAUCUAAUGAACUGUAAUACAACGGAAAGUAAAGAAAAAUAUGAUCCAAAUAAUUUGUCCAGACCCUUAUCCUCGAAAUGCGAUUGCAACGUGGUUCCUAUGUGUCACGUGAAAAUGUUAGUGGAAAACAUUGAAAAGAAACUAAUGCACUCAAAGUGCACAUGUGACUCUUUGUGUGCUAAAGUAUGUCCAGAACAUUCAAAAAGAAACAUUUAAAAGUUAAACUACGCGAUAUAACGAGUAAACAUCGUAUAUGUAUUUGGUAAACCAUUUCUUUUUUCUGUAUAAAUAUUUCAAAUAUUUUGCGAGUAAAUUGUUUUUCAGCAAG